CAGAGAGAGAGAGAGAGAGAGAGAGAGGGAGGGGGAGAGAGAGAGAGAGAGAGAGCAGCUCGCCGGCCCAUUGAGGAAAGAUGGCUACAGUCACUGCAAACGGAGUGCAGCAAGAGAAUGGAUUCAGCACCACGAACAGCGCCGGCAGGAUGAACGGGCUUACCAUCGGCCAGAACACCAUUCCAAUGAAGGACCACGACGCCAUCAAGCUUUUCAUCGGGCAGAUUCCCAGAAACCUGGAGGAAAAAGACCUGAAACCCCUGUUUGAGGAAUUCGGAAAGAUAUACGAACUCACUGUACUGAAAGACAGGUUUACGGGAAUGCAUAAAGGAUGUGCCUUUCUAACAUACUGUGCCAGAGAGUCAGCACUGAAGGCCCAGAGCGCCCUCCAUGAACAGAAGACUCUGCCAGGGAUGAACCGGCCCAUCCAGGUGAAGCCAGCCGACAGCGAAGGACGAGGAGAAGACAGGAAGCUGUUUGUGGGAAUGCUCGGCAAGCAGCAGAGCGAGGAUGACGUCCGGCGGCUGUUCGAGACCUUCGGCCAGAUCGAGGAGUGCACCGUCCUGCGAGGGCCUGAUGGGGCCAGUAAGGGCUGCGCCUUUGUCAAGUUCUCCAGCCACGCAGAAGCGCAGGCCGCCAUAAACAGCUUGCAUGGUGGACAGACUAUGCCUGGUGCCUCGUCCAGUCUGGUGGUCAAAUUCGCAGACACUGAUAAGGAGAGGACCCUGCGCAGGAUGCACCAGAUGGCGGGCCAGCUCGGCAUCUUCAGUCCCAUGACCAUCCAGUUUGGGGCCUAUGGCGCCUACUCUCAUGCUGUAAGUCUCAGCCCGGCGGGGGAGGAGACGCAGAUGAUGCAACAGCAAGCAGCCCUGAUGGCAGCAACACAAGGGUCCUACCUGAACCCCAUGGCAGCCAUCGCUGCCGCGCAAAUGCAGCAAAUGGCAGCUUUCAAUGUCAACAGCCUGGUGGCUACUCCCAUGACACCGUCCUCAGGCACCAGCACACCCCCGGGCAUCUCUGCCACAGCCGUGCCCAGCAUAGCCACCCCUAUCGGGGUCAACGGAUUCAGUGCCCUCCCGCCUCAAAGCAAUGGGCAGCCCACCUCUGAGCCCAUCUACACCAAUGGUAUUCACCCUUACCCAGCACAGAGUCCAACGGUGACCGACCCUCUCCAACAAGCUUAUGCUGGCGUCCAACACUACGCAGCAGCCUACCCUGCCGCCUAUGCGCCAAUCAGCCAAGCGUUCCCCCAGCAACCAACCAUCAUUCCCCAGCAACAGAGGGAAGGGCCAGAAGGUUGCAACCUGUUUAUUUAUCACCUGCCCCAGGAGUUCGGAGAUGCGGAGCUCAUGCAAAUGUUCCUGCCUUUUGGCAACGUCAUCUCCGCCAAAGUCUUUGUGGACCGGGCGACCAAUCAGAGCAAAUGUUUUGGCUUUGUGAGUUUUGAUAACCCGUCCAGUGCUCAAGCCGCUAUCCAGGCCAUGAACGGCUUCCAGAUAGGCAUGAAGAGGCUGAAGGUGCAGCUAAAGCGGCCAAAGGAUGCCAACCGACCUUACUGACUCGUCUGCUGUCCAUACCCAGGAUGAAGGGCCACAACACCUUAUUUCCACAAGUGCAGUAAAAGUACAAAGACUUCUUGCUCUGCUACAUAUCAUGAAGGAAGGGUGGUCCCUUGAUCCUGCUGGAAACCUGCUGAAAAGAUUGGGUGACUGAGAGUGGAAUCCCAGAGUUGUUUUCUUUUUUUGUUUGUUUGUUUGUUUUCCUUCUUCGCAAAUGCCUCUUUUUUCCCUGUUUUGCUUUGGCAUCUGUGGGAGAAAAUUUUUUGCAGAGACCAACUUUUUGCUGCUGUUUUUUAGACAUGAUGGGGGAAAAAAAAACCUUUAUAGACUCAUUAUGCUCAAAGCAUGCAUACUGACACAGGAUAUGGAUAAACACACAUAAACACAGAUAACAAACCAAACAUACACAUUUAAAGAUGCUACACUGAAAAAAAAUCUAAAACGAAAAAAAAAAAUCUACUUUGUACAUGUAUAAAUACGUGCAAAUGCCAACUCAAGUACUGACGCAAACACACGUGUGUGCACGCACACACACACACACACACACACACAUACACACAAACACACACACCAGCCUGCUGCCAUUUUGGUUUUUGUGCCUACACAGGUGUUGUGCUCUGUGACAGGGCAAGCUCUGGAUCAAAGAAGAAAACGAGAAGAAGAUGAAGAAGAGGACGAAGAAGAAGAAGAGGCGAGAAGAGGAGAAUCCAGGAUAAUUUACAUGCAUCAUUCCUUAGGAAAUAGGGACCAAAGGACUAAACGCUUUUUAAAAGAAUAUAAAUAUAUAAAUAUAUAAAUAUAUAUUUAAAAACUCAUACCUUGUAGCUGCAAGUAUUACAAUUUACUCGUAGUCAAAAAAAUCAUUAAAUCAAUAUCCAGUGGCCUAUUGUAAGUACAAAUAAAAGAAAAUGGAAAUAAUGUAUAAAAAAAGACAUGGAAUCGUAGUAUAGGGGCUGAUCUUUUGCUCUGGAUGCUGAUUUAGCACCAGGUUGUAGAAUAGUAAAGUAGAUUAGAAAAAAAAAUGUAGAUUUGCUAACUUUUGCUGUUGUUUAAAAAAAUACUUGAAGUCGUAAAGAAAAGGGGGCAAAAGGGGGGAGACGAGGAAAACAUUCAUCUGCCCCUGUACGCAACGAUUCUGUUUUUUCUUGGAUGUUAAGGUAUCAGCCACUGGAUAUCUCGCUCAUCAUGAUGUAUAAGUCACUGCACUCUCUGACAGCUAUGAACAGACUGUUCUGGAAGAAAAAAAAAGAAUGACAAGAGAGAAAAAAAAAAGACAGAACUUAAAAUGCCUGUGCUGGACAGGGUGCAGACGUUUAAGGCUUCUCACUGGCCUUUAUGUUCAAGCGACAAUCCACUGUAAAGACCAAGCAAAAUGGACAUGGGGUGUCUUUUGUUUGUUUGUUUUUUUCUUUCUUUCUUUUUUUUCUUGACCUUUUGUAUUGCAACAAGGAGUGUGAAUUAUGAAGCCACAAAUUGUUAAAGGGUGACGGUUCUACUAUAAGAGAGAUGGACAAAUGGAUGGUCAUGAGGGCAACAGCGAGGGAGGAGUGAGGUGACAGCUACUGAAACUGCCAGCAGAAUGAACUCAUACAAACGAAAUGGCCCUUAUGGCGUUAUGGAAUUCUGUCAAAAAACAAAGUACGCCUGCUGUAAACAAACAGGACUUAUGUGAGUGACAUGCCAAGGAUAUGUGUGUCCACUGGAGCUGCUGCAAAACUCCAGAUUGAGAAAAAUUGCCUCUUGUCUCUUGGCAGGUACAAAGACACAUUUCCCUGAAGACAAACCUGAUUUACUGUAUUGAUGGCAAAGGAGUGCAGGCUUUUAGAGCUCAUUUAGCUCUGUCAAAUAUAAUGUAAAUUCCACUAUUAACAUGUUCCCUGACCUGCUUUCUUCAUAUAUUAUACAUAGAGCCUAUGGGGGGGGGG